CUCCGUCCGAAUAAAGCCAACCAAUUUUUUCCUUCCACCCAAGAACCCCCCUUCCCCAUCUACCAAAAUGCGCCUCUCAAACCUCACCUUCUUCACCCUCACCACCCUCUCCCUCGCAUCACCCCUUCUACCCCGCCAAGCCCCAGAAGCAUCCAUCGAAUCCCUCCUAACCACCCUCUUCGCAACCGUCCAAACCUACACCGGCGCAAUAAAUGCCACCCUCGCCCCCCUAACCCCUUCCUCCUCGUUACUGGAAAAAACAGCCGCUAUCCCGCAAAUCGGCAGUCAAAUUACAAAACUCACACUAGCCAUCCAGUCCACCGCGUCUGAAAUACGUAGCCUCGCUCCGGAAAAUGCUACUACUCAACCUACAACAACAACAACAACAACUACUACUACUACUUCCACCGAUGACGACGACGACGACGACGACACGAGUAUUGCAACUCGCGAUGAUGCCACUCAACAGGACUACGGAGUUGCAGCGGUGAAACGUCAAGCUAUAGCUAUAGCUGCGCUGCUUUCCCUUAUUAUCGUCGAAAUCUUCGCUACGGUUACGGCUGCCGUUGCGAUUCUGGGGCUCGCGGGACUGCUGGUUUAUCUGAAUCCGUUGACGGGCGCGUUGAGUGCACUGAUUUUGGCGGUGCAGUUGGUGCUGGAUGUUGUGCUUAUCGGGGUUAUUGCUUUGUUGAAUGGGCUGCUGACGUCGCUGGCGUUGGGGUUGAGUGGGUUGUAG